AACCCAAUCUUUUCUUUUCUCUACCAUAUGAGUUAUGCCUUGGUUUAUGAUUCUUACUCCGGUUAAAUUUACUCGACUCGGUGGCAAUGAAAAAAAGUGCUUGGCAGUUGGCGCCAAUGUUUUUAUCUUUUAACUAUAGACGUGCCGAGUGGCUCGCAUUCCAGCACAGGCAGAGUCUUUCAAGAUUCAGCAUUAAAGUCUCUUAUUCAUUCCCCAUUGUUUCUGCUGCGCACUAGACAACACAAACCCAAUUUACUCUACCCAGCAGUGUAAGACAAUGAUAGCCACAUGCUAUCGUUUAUUAUUCACUCACCACAUUAAAGACAAUGCACUUCUAUACAUUGCAUAGAUAUGGCCCUUUAAAUUUCCCCUUAUCUCCACCGAUUCUCUGGUAAACUUUGUUCUUCUCUCUAUUUUACUGACGACAGUAGGCAAGUGAUUUUCUAUUUUUCUGGUUUUUUUUCCCUGGAUCAAAUAUCUCAUGGGUUAAUCUCAAUUGCUCAAAAAGGGGUUAAAGGAAUAUUUCUUUUUGGACACUUUUUUUUUUUCUGCAAUUGGUGUUGGAGGAGAAAGUUUGGUGUGUGUAAUUUUCGCAUUAUGAAGGUUUCUGGAAUCUGGGUUUCGUACUUACUGGUUGGGACAGCUUUAAUUUUCCUCAACUUCUCUUGUGUUACAACCGCCAUAUCAAUUUCUGAUAUGGCCAUGACUGACGGAAGCAGCAGAAUGAUAAUGAGCAGGAAACUCAAGGAGAAUAGCUAUAAUCACAGCACUGACAAGAAUCGCGACGCUCACAGCUUGGAUCUUGACGAUUACCAUCCUAUAGAUCCGGUUCCAAGUUCAAAGGCUUCCAUAAAACCUGGACCCAUUGAGCAUGGAACUCCUCUGAAUCCAUAUAUUCCUAGGCAUUCUCCUCCUAGUCCUCCUCAUCCAAAGCAAAUUGGUUAGUUUGCUAAUCCAUUUAUAAAAAGUGAGAUUUAUGGUAAUAACAAGGAGAAUGUAGCUACUUAAUUAGCUUUUUAUGUGAUGUUUUUAGUAGCUUUUUUGUUAUAUUGUCUGCAUUAGCCAGCUUAUGUUCCAUCUUCCUUAGUAUGGUUUGUUCAAUGUUGAUAGUUGUACCUUUAUGUGAAUGAAUUU